CAAGUAUAUUCAUGUACCUUGACGUUGACAGAAGUGAUACUUCAACUUCAUUGACAGUUUGGAAUUGUUAUAAAUAAUUGUAAAAAUUGUUUUAAAUACCACAUAAUUAUAUUAGAUUAAUCUCAGACGAACAUGGCGCUUUCGAUAGCUCUCCGACAUGCAAAUAAAUUUCAAGGUUAUUCCACCUUAUCAAAGUGCCUAUUGCCUUUCUAUAAUAAUGCGGCAAGCGUAACGUGUGCUUCGACACACACAUCAGAUUUCAAUAAACCACUUUUGCGCAACGGUAACAUAUCGAUACUACCAGCUGUUUGCUUUCUGACAACACCUAAUACAAUAUUUUCCAAUGUAAACAAAUCUGCAGUGAUAGCUCAAAAUGUGAGAAAAAUGUCUGGAGAAGACCAUCGAGCACUAUGGAAAAUAGAGAAAGGAAUUUCCGCACUGCUAGUUGGUCUUUUACCUGCAUGUGUUGCUUUUCCAAACCCAGUCCUGGAUAAUUUAACGGCAAUAUUAACUGUUGCACAUUUACAUUGGGGAAUGGAGGCAAUUGCGCAGGAUUAUUGUAGACCUAUCCUUGUUGGCAAUGCUGUUUCAAAAGUUGCACUUCUAGCAGUUUAUGUACUUACAACAACAACUCUUGGAGGAUUAUUAUUUUUCAAUUACUCAGAUAUCGGUAUUGGAAAAUUUGUCAGAGCAGUAUGGGCUCUACAAGGUUAAUGUAAAUAUUUUUAUAUCGUUAGAUUUGUUUAAAUUGUUCAAUUUGUAUAUACCUAACUUGAAAAUUUGUUUGUGCAGUAUUAAAUAAUAUUGAAAUGAGUGCAUA